AUGGCUUCACAGUGGGCCUCCCGACUGGGUGCCCUCCGACACCUGCAGGUCGCCAAUGGCUUGUCUCGCCCUACUCGUGUGAUCGAGCUGCAGAACCAGAUGCGCCAACUUUCUCUCGCCUCGAGCCCCCGUUUCACAGCUCCGCUGGCCGGUCCAGUGUCUACCAUCAGCUCCCAGCGUACCCAAUCCUUCGCCACGACAACUGAAAGCGCGAAGCCCAAGCGUGCGACUAAGUCCAAGACCACCACCACCAAGCGCAAGAGCAGCACCUCGACCAAGAAGCCGAAGAAGGAGCUUAGCGAGGCCCAAAAGGAGAAGAAGGCGAAGCGCGCCGAGAUCGACCGUCGCAAGGAGCUUGUGGAGAAGUCACUCAAGGAGCCUGCGAAGCUACCUCAGUCCGUCCGUGGACUUGCUAUCAAGGAUGCAUUUGCCGAGCACCGCGGACAGCACGAGGGUACCGUCGCGAUCUUCAAGGCUGCCGCCGAAAGCAUCAAGGAGAAAGGCGCCGAUGCUAUCAACGAGCAAUAUCAACCCAUCGCGGAUAAGAACCGCGCUACUAACGAAGCCGCCUACGAAGCUUGGGUCCGAUCCCACACCCCGCUUCAAAUCAAGGAAGCAAACAGUGCUCGUCGGGCCCUGGCCCGUGAUCCUACCCGCAAGACCAGGUUGUUCCUAAUCAAGGACGACCGACAGGUCAAGCGACCCACCUCGGCCUUCUUGCUGUUCACUAAGGAGCGCAGCUUUGGUGGUACGGAUUUCAAGGAUAUGGCGUCGACUCAAGUCGAGGCUGCCAAGCAAUGGCACUCCCUGAGCGAGUCUGAGAAGGAGCCUUAUGUCAAGCGGGCUGCUGAGGAUCGCGAACGUUACUAUCGCGAGCACCUGGAGGUCUAUGGGGUUGAGGCCCGCCGGUCAUCGAAGGAGGCAUGA